AUGAAUAUCUUCCGGAUAACAGAUAUUUUCUGGACGUUCACCCUUUCCGCGUAUAACACUAUUUUCAAAAUCCUCUUUAUUGCGUCCUCCGCGUAUACGAUUUACCUUAUGAUUAACGACUACAGACCAACUCAAGAUCCCAACCUGGACACUUUCAAAGUUGAAUAUCUUCUUGGUGCCAGUGCCGUGCUAGGCAUCCUUUUCCCGUACUCAUACACAUUCUCAGAGAUCUUAUGGGCCUUUUCCAUUUGGCUUGAAUCCGUUGCGAUUUUACCUCAAUUGUUCAUGUUGCAACGAACUGGAGAAGCCGAGACCAUCACGACGCAUUACAUUUUCGCCCUGGGCUUGUAUCGCGCGUUAUACAUCCCCAAUUGGAUUUACCGUUAUUUCGCCGAAGGCCGCCUAGACCCAAUCGCCCUUAUCGCUGGCAUCGUCCAGACGAUCCUAUACUCCGACUUCUUCUGGAUUUACUACAGCAAAGUCCUUAAGGGAAAAAAAUUCUCGCUGCCAGUGUAA